AGUCUGUGACCCGAUCCGAAGGCCAUCGGACCGGCUCGGACUCAAUGUCAAUCUUAAUCAGCAGCAACAGUAUUAUAUUAGAACGUUCCCCGUACAGUGCGAGAAUAAAUGGAAUGGUUAAGGCUGGAUAUUGAUAAAUAAUCGGCCAAAGCCGCAUUCCAUUCGGGAAAUCGCGGGAAGGAACCUGACACUAGAGUCAGCAGAGCAAAAGACGAAGAGAUCGGACGGAGCAGAUGAGAGAAUAAGCGAAAACAGAGCUUCCGUCACAAGAAAUCCUUGUCUUGGAAUCCGGCAAAAGCUUUCUCUAGAUAAAGCAAAAGCAAAGCACCCUCCCCCUCUUCGCUUUCUUAAAAAAAAUUCCUCCCUUCCAGCAACCACAGCACCAAAAAGAACCACCGAAAGAGACCAGCUCUCCUCUCCUCUCUUCCAACCAAACCCUACCUCUCGCCUGAGAUUGGAAUUGAGAUCGUGAUCGAGAUGAGAGCAUGAUGGCCACACCACCACCGCCGACCGUCCGGAAGCUGGUGGUGGAGGUGGUGGACGCCCGGGAUCUCCUUCCCAAGGACGGGCAGGGCACCUCCAGCCCCUACGUGGUGGUGGACUUCGACGGGCAGCGGAAGCGCACCCGGACCGUUCCCCGCGACCUCAACCCCCAGUGGCACGAGCACCUUGAGUUCGUCGUCUCCGACCCCGCCACCAUGGAGGCUGAGGAGCUCGACGUCGAGGUCUACAACGACAAGCGCCUCGGCAGCACCGCAGCCGGCGCCCGCAAGAACCACUUCCUUGGCCGGGUCCGCAUCUACGGCACCCAGUUCUACCGCCGCGGCGAGGAGGGUCUCAUCUACUUCCCCCUGGAGAAGCGCAACCUCCUCAGCUGGAUCCGCGGCGAGAUCGGCCUCAAGAUCUACUACUCCGACGAGCCCAUCGAGGAGAAGCAGCCCGAGAAGCAGCAGCCGGCGGACCCCCAGCAGCAAUCCCCUGUCCCGCCACCCCCAGCGGAGGAGCCCCCGGCGCCGACAGCAACCGCCGUGGAGACGCAGUCCAUCCCGCCUCAUCCGGUCUCCGUCGUUGUGGUGGAGGAAGCCCCGCCGCCUCCGCCUUCGGCUGCUACCAUGGCGAACGUGCAGGAGGCGGUGGUGCACACGCCGGUGACGGAAGAGAAGACGGAGGUGUACCCACCGGAGGUGAGGAAGGUGGAGACCAGCUGCGACCAGAGGAACCCAAAGCAUUCCACUUCCAGCGGCGGGGAUUGCGCGGCCGCGCCGAGGGUCAUCUACGGCCGGUUCGUGUCAUGCAGCGAGUCGCUCGACCGGCAGCGGUCGAGGCACGAUUUGGUGGAGCCGAUGCAGUACCUGUUCGUCCGGAUCGUCAAGGCGCGGGGCCUCCGCCCGUGCGAGAGCCCCUAUGUGAAAGUCCGGACCGGGUCGCACACGAUGCGGUCCAAGCCGGCGCGGAACGGGUCCGGGAAUCCGGAGUGGAACCAGGUCUUCGCUUUGAACCAGGCCAAGCCUGAGUCGACGCUGGAGAUCUCGGUCUGGGACGGGGGACCCAACGAGGGCUUCCUGGGCGGCGUGUGCUUGGACCUCUCGGACGUGCCGGUCCGGGACCCGCCGGACGGGCCGCUCGCCCCGCAGUGGUACCGGCUUGAGGGCGGCGAAGACCGGGGCGAGGACAUGGGGGACAUCAUGGUUGCGGUCUGGAUGGGGACCCAGGCCGACGACGCGUUUCCCGAGUCGUUCAACUCGGACGCGCCCGCGCCCUACGUGAGCUACACCCGGUCCAAGGUGUACCAGUCGCCCAAGCUCUGGUACCUGCGUGUCUCCGUCAUGGAGGCUCAGGACCUGCGAAUCACCGUACCGCCCCCCGGCACGCCCUGCGACAUACGCGUCAAGAUCCAGCUAGGCUUCCAGUCGGCAAGGACCAGGAGAUCGACGGUUAACAGCAGCUUGUCUGUGUUCUCCUGGAUGGAAGACCUCUUCCUCGUGGCGUCCGAGCCGCUCGACGACGAGAUGAUCAUACUCGUGGAGGACCGUUCAAUCAAAGAGGUGGGCCUCGUGGGCCUCGUGACGGUGCCGAUGGGUUCCGUGGAACAGCGAUGGGACGAGCGGCACGUGGUGGCGUCCAAGUGGUACAAUCUGGAGCAUGGGCCCAACAACUACAGCGGGCGGGUCCACCUGAGGCUGUGCUUGGAAGGAGGAUAUCACGUCCUCGACGAGGCCGCGCACGUGUGCAGCGACUUCCGGCCGACGGCCAAGCAGCUGUGGAAACCCCCGGUGGGAGUGCUGGAGCUGGGGAUCAUCGGGGCACGUGGCUUGCUCCCGAUGAAGACCAAGGGCGGGGCCAAGGGAUCUACGGACGCCUACUGCGUCGCCAAGUACGGCAAGAAGUGGGUUCGGACCCGGACCAUCACGGACAACUUCGACCCGCGGUGGAACGAGCAGUACACAUGGCAGGUGUACGACCCCUGCACGGUGCUGACCAUAGGGGUGUUCGACAACUGGCGGAUGUUCGCCGACGUGGUCGACGACCGGCCGGACUACCGGAUCGGAAAGGUGCGGAUCCGGGUGUCGACGCUGGAGAGCAACCGGGUGUACACGGCUUCGUACCCGCUCCUGGUGCUGCUGAGAUCGGGUGUGAAGAAGAUGGGGGAGGUGCAGGUGGCCGUCCGAUUCGCGUGCACGGCGCUGCUGCCGGACACGUGCGCGAUGUACAGUCAGCCGAUGCUGCCGCGGAUGCAUUACCUCCGUCCAAUCGGCGUCCUGCAGCAGGAGGUGCUUCGGGUGGCGGCGAUCAGGAUGGUGGCCGGGUGGUUGGCGCGGUCGGAGCCGCCACUGGGGCCGGAGGUGGUGCGCUACAUGCUGGACGUGGACGGCCACACGUGGAGCAUGCGGCGGAGCAAGGCGAACUGGUUCCGGAUCAUGGGGGUGAUCGCGUGGGCGGUGGGGCUGGCGCGGUGGGUGGACGACGUCCGGCGGUGGCGCAACCCGGUGACCACGGUGCUGGUGCACGUGCUGUACCUGGUGCUGGUUUGGUACCCGGAGCUGGUAAUGCCCACGGCGUCGCUCUACGUGUUCCUCGUUGGGGCGUGGUACUACCGCUUCCGGCCGAGGACGCCGGUGGGGAUGGACAUGAGGUUGUCACAGGCCGACACCGUCGACGCGGAUGAGCUGGACGAGGAGUUCGACCCGGUGCCGAGCGCGAAGCCGGCGGAGGUGGUGAGGGCGAGGUACGACAGGCUGAGGACUCUGUCGGCGAGAGUGCAGAGGGUGAUGGGGGACUUCGCGGCGCAGGUGGAGCGGGUGCAGGCCUUGGUGAGCUGGAGGGACCCCAGGGCCACGAGGCUGUUCAUCGGGGUGUGCCUGCUGGUGUCGCUGGUGCUGUACGUGGUGCCGCCCAAGAUGGUGGCGGUGGCGCUUGGCUUCUACUUCCUCCGCCACCCCAUGUUUAGGGACCCCAUGCCGCCGGCCAGCCUCAACUUCUUCCGGCGGCUUCCAAGCUUGUCGGAUCGGUUGCUGUAGGUUCCAGUUCGCAGCAGGGCAAGUGGGAGAGUACUGUAAUCGAGUUACGUACAUACUGUGGGAUGGUAAUAAACUGAGGAGUCGUCAACAGAGAAGAUGGUUCGGUUGGGCAAACUGGAUUUUUUUAAAAAAUAAAAAUGAGGAAGAGUAUAGAAAUUGGAGUGUUUUUGUGGUGAAUUUUCUAAGAAGCCUUCCUUUAUGUACUGAAAGAAUGAUUUGAUGCAUGAGAUCAAAAGUAUUUUCUCUAAGAGAGACGAAAC